AUGACGGGGUUUAUUUGGUAUGGGCUGUUCGUGACUGACUACUUCACCAGCACACCACGCAAGCUCAGCCCCUUCCGCUCCUUUGCCAGCAUCGAGCUCUUCCACUUCCACAUCCCUGAGGACACAGUCAUCGCUGUCUGGAACCUCAUCACCUUCAAGGAGCAGGGUGGCACCUUUGGGGACCAAUGCCCUGACCGUAGCAUCACCGUGUAUUUCCGCUCAGGGGCUCCCUCUGUCAUUAACCCGCUGCACAAGCACUUCCCCAGGGACACGGCUGUCCCUGGCUCCUUUGCACUGACCCUCACCUGGACCCUGCCCAACCGCACCACGGGGGUAUUCAAUGUCACCAGCCCACUGCCUGGGGACUGGUUCCUGGCUGCCCACCUGCCCAAAGAUGAGGGCAAGAUCUCUGUCAAGGGGCUCUAUGAGGAGUGCCAGUAUCUCUUCCAGCCACAGCUCAUUGUGCAGCGCCUGAUGAACAUUGCCGUGCUGUACCCCGCCCUGUUGGUCCAUGCUGAGGAGCAGGACCUGACACCACUGUCCCACAGGGUGUUUGUGCCCAGCUACACGUCGCGCAUGCUGGUGGAGGUGCUGCGGUGCCGCAGGGCCGAGGGCUGCCCACUCUGGCUACGUGUGCGGGCCAAGGCUCCCCCCUUGCACAACUCCACGGCACUGGACUGCUGGGAGCACACUCCCUGCCAGCUGGCACUGGACCUGCCCUUCUGGCAGCACUGGUAUUACGUGCUGGUGGAGAAACACCCUGGGGUGCUGGGCACCAUCUCCUUCCAGGUCACCGUGCAGCUCACAGACUGCUCCCGACCCAGCCUGGCCCGUCCACCCUUCCUGCCCUCCAGUGCCUCCAUGAACAUGCCCCAAUCCUUCGGCUCCACGGGUGGGCUGGCGCUGGGGGAGAGCCCUCUGCCCACCAGCCCCAACGGCACGAAGCACCCGGUCCCCAUCCCCACUGCCUCACCUGCCAGUGAGUGGUGCUGGCCAGUCCGCCCCACGCUGCGCAAUGAACUGGACACCUUCUCCGUCCACUUCUACAUCUUCUUCGGGCCCAACGUGUCAGUGCCACCUGACCGCCCUGCUGUCUUUGUCAUCAACCUCCUACCAGUGCUGGACAGUGGUGGGGUGCUCAACCUGGAGCUGCGGCUCAACGUGAGCUCCCUGUGUGGUGAGAAUGUGACAGUGUUCGGGUGUCUGAACCAUGAAGUCCCUCUGAUGUCCGGUGACAACGCAUCGGUCACCUGCGAGACGGAGUCCCUGGCAGGCUUCCUGCUCUCUGUCAAUGCCACAGCCAGCCUCAGCCGCCUGCGGAUUCCCUACCCCCAGACGGGCAGCUGGUACCUGAGCCUGCGUUCGCUCUGUGCCACAGAGCAUGGGUUCGAGCCUUGCACCAAUGUGACAGCUGAGGUUUACCUGCGUGCCUACCUCUCACCCUGCAUCAAUGACUGCGGCAUCUAUGGCCAGUGCAAGCUGCUGCGCACCAACAACUAUUUGUACGCUGCCUGCGAGUGCAAAGCUGGCUGGAACGGCUGGGGCUGCACGGACAACGCUGAGGCUUUCUCCUAUGGCUUCCAGCUCCUCUCCACGCUGCUGCUGUGCCUCAGCAAUGUCAUGUUCGUGCCUCCUGUGGCCAUCGCUGUCCGCAGCCACUACCUCCUGGAAGCUGCCAUCUACAUCUUCACCAUGUUCUUCUCCACUUUUUACCACGCCUGUGACCAGCCGGGCAUCGUGGUGUUCUGCAUCAUGGAGUAUGACGUGCUGCAGUUCUGUGACUUCCUGGGCUCCCUCAUGUCUGUCUGGGUCACCGUCAUCGCCAUGGCCCGGCUCCAGCCUGUGGUCCAGACG